AUGGCGGAGCAGAGCAAGGACGCCACGUGGAAGCCGCCGGAAAGCUUCAUCCGCAACACCGCGAAGUAUUGGGUGCACCCAGACAAGGUCGUGCUGCUGAAGAGCCGCAUCGUGAAGCACCUGCCCUACCUCAUCUUCGGCGCCAGCGAAAAGGAGCAGGAGAAGCUCCUCGACCCCUUCGCGCUGCUCGACCUCGAGUACGAGGGCUUCGAGCGUCAGUCCGCUGCGAACGCGUACUCUGGCAACAUGGAGGAGGCGCAGAUCCUCAACUCGGUCUACUUCGACAGCCCAGACGCGUCGUCCUACCGAGAGCGCAUCCGCCGCGAGGAGGGCGCGCGCCUGGUGCGCUUCCGGUGGUACGGCGAGAACAACUGGGAGCCGGACAAGGAGAUCUACGUCGAGAGGAAGAUCCACCACGAGGGUUUCUCUGGCGCGAGCUCCGCGAAGGAGCGGUGCAUCGUCCCGCAGAAGGACAUCUUCGAGUUCAUGAAGGGCAGGUUUCCCAUCGAGGAGUACUUCGCGCGGCUGAAGGCCGAAGGCGCCGCCUCGGACAAGGCCCUGAAGAACAUGAAGGGCAUCGCCAACGAGGUGAACACGAUGAUCCAGGAGAGGAAGCUCCAGCCCAUGAUCCGGACGUCCUACUACCGCUCCGCGUUCCAGCUCUCGACGAGCAACGAGGUGCGCGUCUCGCUCGACACGCAGAUGACGCUGCUCAACGAGUACCGCGAGGGGGGGCACCCGGUCGAGCCCUGGUGCCUGCAGGGCUCCGAGUACCUGACCAAGGACAAGGUCUACCGGUUCCCUUUUGCCAUCCUGGAGGUCAAGCUGACGGGCACGCCGGAGACGCCCCCGUGGCUUCGCCAGACGCUGGCGGACAUCGAGGCGAUCCAGGUGCACAAGUUCUCGAAGUUCCAGCACGCCAUGGCGUUCCUGCACCCCCAGCGCGUCCCGAUCCUGCCGCACUGGCACCAGGACUUCCUGGUCUGGCACGAGAAGCGCAUGGAGGAGCAGCGCAACGUCUCCCAGCGGCGCACCGUCUCGCAGGCGCGGUCCUGGCUCAGCAGCAGCAAGGAGUCGUACGACGACCUGACGGUUCCCAAGAUGACGACGGCCACCCAGGCGCCCGGGGGUGACGGACACUUGUUGAAGGACAUGCAGAAUCUCGAUCCGAAGGCCGUGUUCGCCAACGAGCGUACCCUGCUCCACUACGUCGAGAAGGGCAUCUACUCGUCCGUCCUGGGCGUGGUCCUGCUGAAGCAGGACUCAUCCUCGUACAGGUGCCUGGGAGGGACGCUCGUGGUCGCCUCGGUGGCCUACCUCAUCUGGUGCCUCGUCGUGUACCAGGACCGCCUGGCGCGCAUCACCGGCCGCACGGCGGUCGGGAAGGACAGGAGCAUGCGCUUGUACCUUGCCCAGGGUCCCUACGUCGUGGGUUCGCUCGUGGCUCUGGUGCUUACCA